AUGUAUAGGGAGCGAGGGGUGGGUGGGUCGAAGACGACGGAGGUGGGGCCCGCCGUUGAUCGGAAGCGGAUCAAUGACGCUCUGGACAAGCAGCUCGAGCGAUCCUCGCCGUCCACUUCUAGGGCAAUCAAUGGCAAGGAUAAGCCGCUUAUCAUGGGGGGAAAGCAGCCUCCAUCUGACCACAGAGACUCUCGCUCUGCCGCUGCCUCUCUUGCCAAAACCAAUUGCUCCGAUGAGGAAUCUGAAACAGACAGUGAAGAGUCAGAUGUUAGUGGUUCAGAUGGGGAUGACACAUCUUGGAUCUCAUGGUUUUGCAAUUUACGAGGAAAUGAAUUUUUUUGCGAAGUUGAUGAUGAUUACAUACAAGAUGAUUUUAACCUCUGUGGGCUAAGCAGUCAAGUGCCAUACUAUGAUUAUGCACUUGAUUUAAUUUUGGAUGUUGAAUCUUCUCACGGUGAUAUGUUCACAGAAGAACAAAAUGAGUUGAUUGAAUCAGCAGCAGAGAUGCUUUAUGGUCUAAUUCAUGUUCGAUAUAUAUUGACAAGCAAAGGCAUGGCGGCCAUGCUAGACAAGUACAAAAACUAUGAUUUUGGUAGAUGCCCAAGAGUUUUCUGCUGUGGACAACCCUGCCUCCCAGUUGGCCAAUCGGACAUCCCACGGUCAAGCACUGUAAAAAUAUAUUGCCCCAAGUGUGAAGAUAUCUACUACCCUCGAUCGAAGUAUCAAGACAUUGAUGGAGCCUACUUCGGAAGUACAUUUCCUCACCUGUUCUUGAUGACAUACGGGAACCUGAAGCCUCAGAAGGCAUCACAGAGCUAUGUUCCUAGAGUGUUCGGAUUCAAGCUUCACAAGCCAUGA